GUUUGUUGCCACGAUAUGAAAUAGAGAAUUAAAUACACAAACAGUAUAGCUGAUACUUUUACAUCAUCAACAAUUUAUACACGUGAUUGUUAAAAACCUUAAAAUAAAGUCAUGUCAUGUCUCCAUAUCUUUUAGCGCGAUUUUUGAAAACUUCAAAACAUGUCAACGAUAACAACGUACAAAAACUUACUUAUAAUCAGCCUGGGUUUUUUCCUAAUACAUGCUGCAUUUUUCCCAAUUCAAAACAUUCAAGCAAGUCUUCAUAAAGAUCCUGCACUGGGUUUUGGAUCACUUACUGCUCUUUAUGCAAGUGCAAUCAUAUCUAGCUGCUUUUUACCAAACCUUUUAAUGGCGAAGUUUAAACCUAAAAUUUUAAUGAUCAUUUCCAUGAGUACUUUUUCUCUGUAUGUUUUUGCUAACUUUAUGCCAGUAAUGGGAACAAUUAUGCCAGCAGCAAUUCUAUUUGGAUUAAGCACAGCCGUAAUGUGGACAUGUCAUUCAUCUUACGUUACCACAAUUGCAACUAACCAUGCUAAUUCAUUGAACCUUCCAAAAGAUCCCAUAGUUUCAAAAUUUUUUAGCAUAUUUUAUGUUUUGUUCCAAGUUUCACAAAUCCUAGGUAACGGCGUAUCAUCAGCUGUACUAAUGAGUGUAAACAAAGACAAAGUAAAAGGAAAUGUUAGUACUUUUAAUACAAGUAUAAGCUGUGGAUACAGGUACUGUCCAUCAGCUAGUCUGGUUGCAAAUGUUCAAGCUAUUCCUAUAGACACAGUUUACAAACUUAUGGGUAUUCUUCUUGGAUUAAGUCUUGUUGGUAUAUUAUUGGUUAUAGUAUUUUUGGAUGCAUUGUGGGAAGAGACAAGAAACGAGCAAUCUUUGAUGAAUUUAUGCUUUUCAACAAUUAAACACGUAAAAAGCCCAAUGAUUUUAUUACUAGUUCCAAUUACCAUAUUUAGUGGAAUGGACCAAGCGUUUGUGUAUGGUGAUUAUACAAAGACAUUUGUUUCUUGUUCUCUUGGAAUCGAUGCCAUUGGUUAUAGCAUGAUGUGUUUUGGCGCUGUAGCGUGUUUAGUUUCUGUUGCUAUUGGAUUAAUUGUAAAGUGGACUGGAACAUACUUAGUGAUGGUUGCAGGAACGUUUUUAUAUUUGGGCCUAAUGUCAUGGUUUCUUGUCUGGAACACUGAAGUAUAUCCUAACUACACUUUUUAUGUUGGUGCUAUGGGCUGCGGUUUUACAACUGCAAUAUGGAUGUCUCAAUCCAAUGCAAUUUAUGGGGUAUACUUUCCCAAAACACAAGAAGCUGCGUUUUCAAUUUACCGUCUUUUUCAAAAUUUGGGCUUCACAGUUUCGUUUGCAUACGCAGACGUAUUAUGUACUUCCACAAAAAUCUACAUUUUGAUGGGUCUCAUAAUUUUUAGUAUGGUACUUUACAGUAUUGCUGAGUUUAACUACAGAAAAAAUGUUGAAAUUACUUGCAAAGAAAAAGAUGUCGUAGAAAACAUGAAUAUGGAUGAAAAGUGUUAAAGUUUAACUUAAUUGUUAAUAAUUAUUUUUAAAAUAAUGCAAACUGUAACUUUAAUUAUAAGCAAUAAAAUCCUUUUUAAAAA